UUAAACAGACUCGAAAACACGACGAGACGGUCAAGAAAAAACAACGAGAAAACGGACGCGAAGACAAAGGGAGACAGAGAAAAGCGUCGCCCACGACAGUGUUGUCUUCCUUUCCUUCUGUUGACUUCCUACCCGCCGACAAUUUCAUCGGCACGCUCGAGUUGCCCAGCGGACAGAGCGUUGCGUCCCUAUAAAAGCGAGGGUAGACCAUGGCGGUACCAGUGUGCUCACUGCCGACCAACAUGAACAGCACCGACAAGCUGAAAGUGUUACUCCUGUGCGGCCUAGUGUUAUCGGUCGUAGCUGAGGAGAAGAAACCCGAGUCGAGCGCACGGCCUAAAGAUGAGAAGUCGAAGCGCGGACUGGAGUUGAGCCUGGGUGAUCACGGCGGUUUCGGGGGCGGUUUCGGCGACGGCCACGGCUUCGGCGGUGGAUUCGGGGGCGGCGAGAUAAUCUCUACCGAUCACAUCAAGGCGGUGACAGUCACGAAGCACGUGCCCGUGCCACACCCGUAUCCGGUGGAAGUCACGAAGCAUGUGCCUUACACAGUGAAGGUGCCGGUCAAAGUGCCCGUCGACCGCCCGUACCCGGUCCACGUGCCGCAGCCUUACCCAGUGGAGGUCACGAAGCACGUACCCUACACAGUAGAGAAGCCGGUGCCCUAUCCGGUCAAGGUUCCCAUAAAGGUGCCCAUCAAAGUGCCCUACCCGGUCAAAGUACCGGUCAAGGUCCCGGUCGAGGUAGCGAAACCGGUGCCUUAUCCCGUCAAGGUGCCCGUAGUUGUCAAGGAGCCCUAUCCCGUAAUCGUUAAGGGUCACGACGAGGGCGGCUACGGCGGCGGCGGAUUCGGCGGCGGCGGAUUCGGCGGCGGACACGACUUCGGACACGGAUUCGAACUCGGUGAUAUCGGCGGAUACGGGCAUCAUUGAAACAGAGUUGCCGCAAGAAGGAGCGAGACGAUCGCUUGUCGUCUUCCCCCUUCUGUCUGGCGGUAAACGGCUCGCGAGACGAGCAGCUCCGUUCGAGGCACCGAUCGUCGAAAGAUCGAAGGACGACCGGCGAAGCCGCCACGUCGUUCCAAUAGGAGGCAACGCGAUGCAUCAAUAUUGUAUUCAUUGUGAUCCUAUCCUCGAAUUGUACUAUAUGCAUUGUAAAUGUAAACACGAAUAAAGUAUUUUUUUUAUAUGUAA